CUAAAUAGCAUCUUUUAGAAUGGGAGGCACAUUUUUAAGUUCAGAGACAACUGCUUUAUUUUCUAGAGAUAGUACCAUUUUCAGGACCUACAAGACUAUUGAGAUUAUAAGGUAGGCACCACCGUGACGUAGCCUGCCACCAGCCACCCUGUCCUCCCUCCACCCCCACCGUCACCGCCAGCCUCCCAGCUGCGUCCGCCGCUGUCCUAUCUGGCCGCCCCGGUGUCUGCUCCGCGCUCUGCCCCGCUCCGCUCCCAACCCCCGGACCCCUGAAGCCUGUGCCUCCUCGUUCACCAUCCCGGCUCCCGGACCUACCCCCCUCUUUCCACCCGGUGAAUGCGCCAGCGACCGUAAAGCAUGACGGGCAUCGCGGCCGCUUCUUUCUUCUCUAAUUCCUGCAGGUUCGGGGGCUGCGGUCUGCAGUUUGAGUCUCUGGCCGAGCUCAUCGUCCACAUCGAGGACAAUCACAUCGACACAGAUCCGCGGGUUCUGGAGAAGCAGGAGCAACAGCAGCCCACCUACCUGGCCCUAAGCUACAUCAACAGGUUCAUGACGGACGCAGCACGCCGCGAGCAGGAGACCAUGAAGAAGAAGGCCACGCCCAAGCUGUCCCUGUCGAUCACAGGCGGCAUGUCCCGGAACAGCACGGCCACGCCGCCACGCCACACCAGCGGCAACCUGACCCCUCCCGUCACGCCCCCCAUCACCCCGUCCUCCUCGUUCCGCAGCAGCACGCCUACAGGCAGCGAGUAUGACGAAGAGGAGGUAGACUACGAGGAGUCGGACAGCGACGAGUCGUGGACCACAGAAAGCGCUAUCAGCUCCGAGUCCAUUCUGAGCUCCAUGUGCAUGAACGGGGGAGAGGAGAAGCCGUUCGCCUGCCCCGUCCCCGGGUGUAAAAAGAGAUACAAGAAUGUGAACGGCAUCAAAUACCACGCCAAGAACGGCCACCGCACGCAGAUCCGUGUGAGGAAGCCCUUUAAGUGUCGCUGCGGCAAGAGCUACAAGACGUCGCAGGGCCUGAGGCACCACACCAUCAACUUCCACCCACCCGUCUCCACGGAGAUCCUCCGCAAGAUUCAAGGCUAGAGUCCUGCGCUACCAGUCAGCUACCCCCGAAACAUUAGCCCUGUCCUGACUCUCCUCAUCCAUCCCAAACACUAAAGGAUCAAGUGCAUGCUUUAAGUUGUUUUUAUUUUGAAUUUUUUUUUUUUUUAUUUCCAUCUUUGCGUUCUUCUUUUGCCCUAUUCACGUAUUAUCACUUGUAUUUUUUUUGGGAAAAAAAAACAAACUAUGUAUCUGUAGUAUUUUUUUAUUGAUGUACAUUUGCACAUUCGUAUAUGCUAUCAUUUUUUAUUUUUAUUUUUUUCCUCAACUGUUGUACUUGCAUAAGGUGCUAACUGUAAAAACAAGCAAGAAAAAACAAAAAAAACAAACGAAAGAAAGAAAAGCUGAAAAGUAGUGGAAAAGGAAGCGCGAGCGACUCCUGCCCUUUUAUUUAAAUUUUUAAAUUUAAUUUUUUGGUUUUUCCUCCCGCUCAGAGACGAGCGGGAGGAACGCGAGCUGGGCUGUUUCGAACGCGCCCUGUCCGCUCGCUGCAGAGUCCCCGCCGAGCUUUGGUCUGUGCCUUCACAGCUACUUCUGGGAGUUUAAGAGCAAGAGUUAAGUUAUGUUAGAACAGAUAUAUUGAUAUAUAAACAACAGACAAAUAUGUAUGUGUACAUAAAAAAAAGUAUAAAAGUAUUCAUGAGCAUA